UAAUUGAGCAGAAACGUUUCAGCUGUGCUGAGAUCAGCAAACACAAUAAAAUGUUCAGGUGAUUGUGAACUCUUUAUUAUAGUACUGGAAGCGCUCUCAGUUACUUUUGUUUUCACAAUACAGUUUGGGGUUUUCCUGUAAAGAGCGUUGAUCAUGAAAACAACAUCUGACAGAACGCCGCAACCACAGAAGAAACGCAGAAGUGUUGGGAUGCGCAAGAAAAGCACUGCAGCAUACUCUGCCUACAUCUAUAAGAUCGAAAAGUUCAGCACAACGGAUACGGUCUCUGUGAUGCGCCUUUUGCCUGACGCGCAUGCGCAGGUAGGAUCAGAAGCUGCGCGGCUUUCCAAGUUCAACCGGAAGCGCGUUCUCACGCAGCGUGAGCUCCACACCGCCGCUGUGCGCGCGCUUCAAGACAAACGCGCGUGACCCCUCGGGUUUUAAUUCUGCCUUUUAGUCCUGACUCCUGUCCUAUAAAUAAGAUUUAAAUAAAGAUUUUUUUUAAGCGUUGUCCGGACUUUUGUCCAGCAGUAAUUACUGCCUUUACCAUUACUUGAUGACGGAGACUUUUGUAUGUAAUGUUAUGGCAUUUGUACUGUGAGUUUUUCAUUAGGAGUUUGGCGUCUUUAGUUGCUAAGCAACUCUCUGCAGGCCUCUGCUCUCAGCGGUGGCGCGCUCGGCAACAGCAGCGCGUUAUUUGGUAGAAAAUAACAUUCAAUUCCGUGAUUCUUAAUUCAUGCGAAUUGCAGGUCUUGAAAACCACACAAAUGGCUCCAUCAGAAAUGGUCGAACUGGACCCGAGGAGAGGCAGACGCUGUGAAACACUGUGAUCCAGAACUCAUGUGAAUUAAUUCAUUCAUCGAUCAUUUACAAUCUGAUCUCUUCAGGAAGAUGCAGUUCAUGUUGUUGUUCAGCAGACAGGGAAAGCUCCGGCUGCAGAAAUGGUACGUGCCGCUGUCUGAUAAGGAGAAGAAGAAAAUCACACGGGAGCUGGUGCAGACCGUUCUGGCCCGGAAGCCCAAGAUGUGCAGUUUUCUGGAGUGGAGAGACCUGAAAAUCGUCUAUAAAAGAUACGCCAGUCUGUAUUUCUGCUGUGCCAUCGAGGACCAGGACAAUGAGUUGAUCACUCUGGAGAUCAUCCAUCGAUACGUCGAACUGCUGGAUAAAUACUUUGGCAGUCAGUCAGAUGCAAAGCAUGCUGGGAACUACAGAUCAACUGCCAAGGUGUGCGAGCUGGAUAUCAUCUUUAAUUUUGAGAAGGCUUAUUUUAUCCUGGAUGAGUUCCUGUUGGGCGGCGAGGCGCAGGAGACCUCCAAGAAGAACGUGCUGAAAGCCAUCGAGCAGGCAGAUCUCCUGCAGGAGAGUGAAUUCACUUCGUUUUCAGCUCUGUUUGUUGCGUGCCCACAGAUGUGUGUUUUUCACUGCAUGUUGUGCUACACGUGUUUUUCACAUGUGUACCUGCACCAUUAUCACGUGUGUGUGUGUCUCCUUCAGCCGCGACACGAGUACUUUAACAUGCCUGUGUACUGAUUGGCUGUCGCUGUCCAUCCCGCAUGCUGAGCCCCUCCCACCGCACUGCACGGCUGCUGGCUCCACCUCUGCCUCCACACCGUCCUAUCACAGAGCUGCACCUCGGGUCUUCACUGCGUGUCAUUUAUCUGUGGACUGUGUUUGAUGUUUUUCCCCUCCAUCAUUUCACUCAAACUGACAUUGGUUCAUGUGCAGGACGUUAUUCACAUUCAUUACAAACGAAGCAUUUGAGACCUUUUAGUGUUUGUUUCUUAAUCAGCAUUGUUGUCUUGUUUUUUUUUUCCCAUUUUAACAUCCCAUCUGUAAAAUUCACAGCCAAAGCAACAAAAUUGCAUAAAAUAUUGAAUACGUUUAAGUUGAUUAUGAUGGACUUGUUGAGGUUCUUAUAGACGUCUAUUGUCAGCGUGUUCGUGUAAGGGAUGAUUCAGCUCUUGGACUCUUCUAUAAAUCUUAUUUUUAUUGAAUAUCAGCAGCAGAUUUUUAAUCAUAAAUCAUAAGCAAAAAUAAAUAGACUGUCAGUAAUAUGUGAACAAGCCUUCAUUUAACUCUAUUUGGUUAUUUUUACUGGAAAACAAGACAGAAGUACUGAUAAAGGUUUAGUCCGUCCAAAAUGUUCUGGUUGUAUUGUUGUGUUCUUGUUUGUAUUUACUGAGGUGGGUUUGUAUCUCUGUUACUGAAUGUACUGUGGUAGAUGAUGUGACUAUUGUUUGUCGUAGCAACUUAUGAUCUUUUUAUUGAUUCAAUUACAGUAAUAGGAGAAAAUCUAUGCAUUUACAUUUGGAUAACACUUGCACAAUCAAUGGUAGUUUUAUACAACAUUUGGAAACAAUUAGCACUCAAACUGUCUGAAUGACUCUGUAUUGGAGAAUAACACCGCAUAUCACUUUCAUUGAUUCAGUAUUGCCAUCAUUCAGCAUCAUCUGUUCAAUGUGAUUUAUUUGUUACAGGGACAGUUCACGUUCCAUGAUUUAAACUAGAGCUCCUUGGUCUUUAUAUCAAAUAUUGUAUUCUUUAUAGAGUUUGAUUUUCAAACACGUCAAUGCCUGUUUAUGUCAUUGAUCCACUUAUAAAAAUAUGUGUGAUUUGGGAAGUAGAAAGAAAUAAGUAGAUUGAAUUAAUCGUUAUUGUUAAAUGAAAUGAAUACAUUUACAUUUGUGUACUUUCGAAGGGUGAAUUUCAUGAAAACUUACUGUAAUUCUCAGUGGUGAUUCUAAUUGCAGUUUCAUUUAAUUUGUGCUGACUGAAAUUUAUUUGAAUAAAUAUAUAUUUAUGUUUUUAGAGUGAAAUGCUUCAAGUUUCGAGAUGAAAAUGAAAUGAUAGUCUUAUUUUGUCUAUUCUUUGAACAGAUUGGGUAGAUGAGCAUAAAGACAAUACAAUAUAAAAGAAAUGAGGAGAAAUCAGAAUAAACACUACACAAUAGCAAAAGUCACUAUGCGGUAUGAAUAAGAAUUAACAAUAAAACAAUCGCAGUAUAAUAAUCAAGUGUAGUGUCUCGGACACAUUUUUAUAUUGUUAAAUACCUUUUACAAUUUUUAACAACCAACCCAAAUCGACCGUAGACUCGCAUCAGGUCUGACUUCAUUCUGCCGUGGAACCGUCACCUGCUUUUCACUACAAAACUUUAAAAAUAAAGGUUCUUCAGUAGGUUUUAAUAUCUGUUUUUAUCCAUUUCUUAAGGUUCUUGAUGGUUCUUUACAGGUUCCUCAGAGCAGCGUGCUGUUUUCUGAGUUCUUUACUGAACCAGUACACGCUAACAUGAGCAUUAUAGAAAGAUUAUAAGAGGCUAUAAAACCUUUGUGCAACCUUUAUUUUAAAGUGUGUAAAUCUUGAUUUAUUUUUUUUCAACCAUGAUUUUCAACCUUUUAAAAAUUCUCAUGUUUCUUGUUUUUGUUCCCUGUUUUUGGCCGGGCUGUGUUCAGGAUGCCAAAGAGGCAGAAACCCCCCGCAGCGUCCUGGAGGAGAUCGGACUCACAUAAACCCACCGUCCGACACGACUGUACCAAACCCACUGAGAGCCUGUUCAUUUAAACAUGUAGCAAACACACACACACACACACACGUUUGUUUGAUGUUUACUGAAGUUCAAUUCAACAGCCACUGAAAUAUUGCUCAGACUCAUCACACAAUUCUCCUGCUGGAUUCACACUAAACACAGAAAAUGGGAAUCUUUCAUAUUCUUAAAAUUCUUUCACACGACUCGCAUCAGCAUCUGUAGAUGACACAUUCGACCGCUCCAGACAUAGAAUCAAUGAGUUUCCUGACGUGCCAACAGCUUAUGGUUGAGAUUUAGAUUCCUGACUAAAUGUGAAAACCUUUCACAGGUGAGAAUGUCUUUAUAUGCAUUAUCUCAAUAUUACAGGUUUUUAAUGGUCACUUUUUAACGUUGAGUUAGCUAAACACGCUUGUUUUGUUUUGUUGUAUUGUGUUUAUCAAUUAUAACGUUUAUGUCUACACAACAGCAUAUAGAGCUUGUUAAUCGAUGUCAUGCCGCGUUGAAUGUUGCGCCAUCUUGGGAGGAUGGCUGCUAGUGCGUUCAGUGCAGUGUUUUGUUUUUCUUGUUUGAUUGGGAAAUAUAAGUAUGGUAGGUCGGUCUUGCUGUGAUAAAAACCGUAAUAGUAUUACGCAGAGUCGUUCAGGAAAAGCCCCUGGUUCCUUUACUUUCGAUUUUUCCAUAUAUCAAACAAAACAAGUAACAGUUACAUAUCAAAACAAUAAUAGCAGUGGAGUAUGAUCCUCCCAAGAUGGCGGCACCACUGCAACAUAGGGCGUGACGUCAGCUUCACAUUCUCUAUAGCAUUUAAUAUUCAUGCACUCUGUUGAUUGUUUGUGUUACGCUAUUUAACAUAUUGUGUGUGUCAUUUUGUGUUAAAUAAAAGGGAAAACACAAGUCGAGUUAAAAGUAACACAAACUGUGUUCACACAGUAGAUGUGCCUGUUUACUUAUAUUGUCCCAAAUAAGACACCCCCCUUCAAGAUGCUUUUUGGCUCUUGUCUUAUAUAAAGAAAAUACAUUUACCUGAAAAUAA